AUGUUCGCUUUCGACGCUACAGACAAACACUUCUCCAACUCUCAUCUGGAUGAGUCAUUCGCUCCUGUCGCCCCUAUUCCAGCACUUGAUGGAUUGACAGUCGAGGACGGAGAUGGGCUUCUACAUGAGAAUAGUGAAAUCAGCAACACGGCGGACGCAAUAGGGGAACACUCCAAUCACUCCUGCCCAAGGGAUCGGCCGAGCUCUAGGCUCGGUCCGGAACCCGUCGAGCCUACACUGAGCGGACAUGGUACUCCACCAAUAGAUAUCGUCAUGACACCUUCGAUGGCCAGAAGUCGGAGCAGGGCUAGGAGCGAGCACGAGGAUCACGCAUUGGCCGAGGCUACACCAAGACCUCUCCCCAAACCUGCGCGCAAGAAGAGGCGUGGGCCAAAGAAAGGCGCAGUGGCAGCAUUGAGUACGGUACGGGGAUUUACGCCCGUGACCUCUGGCGACGACGAUUCCGACUUCGACUUCUCCUCGGAAGGCUUUCGCAGAAGGAGGGAAUUGAGCGUUCAGCGUUCCAGCAGUAUUGUGAGGAAGGACCUGAGCCUCGAUCGUUCUGGGCGAUCUAGUAUUGGCAGCGCCCUUGAGGUUCGAUCAUCAUCGCCUUCAAGUGGCAUCAGUGCUCUCACAAGACAAUUAGAUGGCUUGGAAUGUGAUGGCUCCCCCGGCAAAACUUCGCUAUUGAGGAACAAAAGCAAGCUUGGCUCGGAGACCGCUAGCAGUGCAAGCGUGACAUCAGGGACCAGCGGCGACGAAGAUACACCGGAGACAACCAGCUACGAAGUGCCUUUAGAGCAUGACUUUAUCAGUUCCGAUAUCACACAGAGGGACAGACGCGAUGCUCGGCCGGACAAUUUGUUGAACGGUGGGGUGGUUCGGAAGAUGCAAGCGACUGAUUUCGACCCUCUCCGCUGUCUUGGCAAGGGUACCUAUGGGACUGUCCUUCUGGUCAAGCAGGCAUGCACCGGCAAGCUCUAUGCGCAGAAGCAAUUCCGGAAGGCCUCGUUGACCGUGCGCAAACAACUUGUAGAGCAGACAAAGACGGAGCGAAGUAUCUUGGAAAGCAUCAACCGCCAUCCAUUCGUGGUGAAGCUCUACUAUGCGUUUCAGGAUCAUGAGAAGCUGUACCUCAUUCUUGAGUAUGCCCAAGGCGGAGAGCUCUUCGAGCAUUUGCGGACGGAGCGAAUGUUUCCUGAGGAGACCGCUGCUUUCUACAUGGCGGAGAUGGUACUUGCCCUCGAACAUCUGCAUCACACCGUCGGUGUCGUCUACCGCGAUUUAAAACCGGAGAACUGCCUUCUCGAUUCCGAGGGGCAUCUGCUAUUGACAGACUUCGGGCUUAGCAAAGAGGCCGUUGACGGAGAGCACCGCUGCAAGUCAAUGACCGGCACAAUUGAAUAUAUGGCUCCCGAAGUGAUCCAAAUGCAAAGCUACGGGACAGCAGUGGAUUGGUGGUCCUUCGGCAUUCUAGGCUUUGAUCUAUUGACCGGCUCAUCGCCCUUCCGCGCCAACAACGACAUGAAGAUCCGAGAAAAGAUCGUGAAGGCCAAGCUGGUCCUCCCCUACUUCCUCAGCCCUGACGCAAAAGACCUCCUGACGCGCCUUCUCCGCAAAGAGCCGAAGAAACGGUUGGGCGCUUGCAUGCCGAAGGACAUGCAAAGCAUCAAGAGCCACCGCUUCUUCCGAAAGAUUGAGUGGGCGAAACUGGAAAGACGGGAGACGGAACCGCCGAUCACACCACUCAUCACUGAUCCAGAAUUGGCGGAGAACUUCUCGUCUGAGUUUACGGAUCUGGCCGUCAGUCCUGUGCUACCGGGCCCGUUGAGCGGUAACAAGAGCGAGCCGGAUCCUUUUGGUGGUUUCAGCUUUGUAGGAAGUCGCAGCUUGCUGGAAUGCGGGAAUGGAUUCUUCUGA